AAAAAGAGUCGUUUGUUCGCGAACAUCAACGAGCAUCUAACUGCGCUGACUCUGCUGAUGGUGACAACAAAGCUGUGUUGACAUGAUGCUCACUGUACCCGGCGCCGGAAUUAUCAUAUUAUUUGCUUGGCUCUCUCCAAGUUACGCUCUCUAUUUUCACAUUGGGGAGACGGAGAAAAAAUGCUUUAUAGAGGAAAUUCCAGAUGAAACUAUGGUUAUUGGGAAAUACAGGACCCAGCUGUGGGACAAGCAGACCGGAUCGUUCCUCCCAGCCACACCUGGCCUUGGAAUGCAUGUGGAGAUCAAGGAUCCAGAUACUAAGAUCAUCCUGUCUCGUCAGUAUGGGUCAGAUGGACGGUUCACCUUCACAUCCCAUACCCCAGGCGAGCAUCAAAUCUGCCUGCACUCCAACUCCACCAAGAUGGCCCUGUUUGCUGGUGGCAAACUGAGAGUCCACCUGGAUAUUCAGGUUGGUGAGCAUACCAACAACUACCCUGAAAUCGCAGCAAAAGACAAGCUCACAGAGCUGCAAUUGAGAGCUCGACAAUUACUGGACCAAGUAGAACAAAUCCAGAAAGAGCAAAACUAUCAGCGGUAUCGUGAGGAGCGGUUCCGCAUGACAAGUGAGAGCACCAACCAGCGUGUGCUUUGGUGGUCGAUAGCUCAGACGCUUAUUCUCAUCGUCACUGGCAUCUGGCAGAUGAAGCACCUCAAGAGCUUCUUUGAGGCCAAGAAGUUGGUGUAAUGCUGUCAGGCCAUCACUGAUUGAGUUUAAGACAGUCAUCACACCCAUACAGAGCUGACUGGCAGAGAGACAAGGUGUUGAUGUGAUUUAGUAGAUGCUUAAAAAGGGCAAUUCCGCCACUUUUAACCUCAAGUGUACAUAUGUGAAACCAGCUCAUUUGUGGUUAAAUUGAUAAGGUCCUAAAAAAAAAAUGCUUCUCUGUGGAUUAGAAGUAAAAAGGGAUUUUCCAAA